GCUCCUUAUUUUGUCCGACACCGCCGUCACCGGCCGGGACCCUCCCUCUCCGACAACUCUCUGUCUCUGGACACUUCUUCCUUAUCCCCUUCCCAAGCCCUAUCUCUGUCCACCGGCGCCGGAGAUUCGUUCAUUUUCCGGACCUGGGGAUUUCUCAGGCGUACCGUUGGAAGUCUCCGACGGCGCCGCAAAUGCCAUCAUUUGCAUUUGUAUCUUCUCAGAUCGUGACCUCUCGGAGACUCGUCUCCGCUCUUUCUUUAACUUUCCGGAAUUUGAAGUUUUAAAUCGGCGGUUUUGUCCGAUUUUGAACCGAUUUCUUUGGUUUUUGUGGGUGAAAAUCUCUUCUUUUUGAGCUGAGUUGUGGUUUCUAGGGUUGUGUUUUUGUUCGUACUGUUCCUUUAAAGUCCCGUUGAAAGAUCAGCCACUCUUCUAGCUUUUCGUACAGGCGUACAGUGAGGAGUUCGUCUUGUUCUGCUUGACGCUGACACGCUGAAAAGCUCAACGUUGAGAAACCGUAGUUUAAGCUUCGCUGAGUGCGGUACUCUCUUAUCGAGCUUCAGCUGUAAUUUAAGUUCCUUGAGCUUUGUGUGAUUAUCACCUACAAUGCAAAGCUUGUAGCUUUUGAUUUUCUCUGAAAUGGCGUAUCUGCUCGGUGUAUUGUUAGCUUUGCUCGUUGUGGCUCCGAGUUGUGUGAAAUCUCUGAACCCAUCUCUGAAUGAUGAUGUUCUGGGCUUGAUUGUGUUCAAGGCCGAUAUUCAAGAUCCAAAUUCGAAGUUGGCAUCUUGGAAUGAGGAUGAUGAUAGUCCCUGCAACUGGGUUGGGGUCAAAUGCAACCCCAGAUCCAACCGGGUCACCGACCUCGUUCUCGACGGUUUUUCCCUUUCGGGGAAGAUAGGCAGAGGCCUACUCCAGUUACAGUUUCUCCGGAAAUUGUCGCUGGCGAAGAAUAAUAUCACUGGAAGCAUAGGCCCCAAUCUUGCCCGCCUUCAGAACCUGAGAUUUAUUGAUUUAAGUGAGAACAGUCUGUCUGGAACCAUCCCAGAUGAUUUUUUCAAACAAUGUGGGUCUUUGCAUGCUAUCUCUUUGGCCAAGAACAAGUUUUCCGGGAAGAUCCCGGAGAGUGUAGGUUCAUGUUCAACGCUUGCUGCAAUUGACUUCUCCUCUAAUCAGUUUUCGGGUCCAUUACCUUCUGGCAUUUGGUCUUUGAACGGGCUUAGAUCACUUGAUUUGUCGGAUAACUUGUUGGAGGGCGAUAUACCAAAGGGAAUUGACAGUUUGUACAAUUUGAGAGCUAUUAACUUGAGCAAGAAUCGGUUUUCUGGGCCGCUUCCAGAUGGCAUUGGAGGUUGUUUGCUUUUACGGUUAAUUGAUUUCAGUGAGAAUUCUCUUUCUGGGAGCCUUCCAGGGACAAUGCAGAAACUUACCUUGUGUAAUUAUAUGAAUUUACACGGGAAUUCGUUUGAGGGCGAGGUUCCGGAGUGGAUUGGAGAAAUGAAAAGCCUGGAGACUUUGGAUCUCUCAGCCAAUAAAUUUUCUGGCAGGGUUCCAACAUCAAUAGGGAAUCUCAAGUCGUUGAAGGUACUGAAUUUUUCGGUGAAUGUUUUCAGUGGGAGCUUGCCAGAGUCUAUGAUCAAUUGCGAACAGCUUUUGGUCUUAGAUGUAAGUCAGAAUUCGCUAUUGGGUGAUCUUCCUGCAUGGAUUUUCAAAUUGGGAUUGCAGAAAGUUCUGCUUUCAAAAAAUAGCUUGAGUGGAAAUAUGGACAGCCCUUUCUCCUCAUCAGUGGAGAAAUCCCGUCAAGGGCUUCAAGUCUUGGAUUUAUCCUACAACGAAUUAUCCGGUGACUUUACAUCAUCCAUUGGGGUUUUUAGAAGCUUGCAGUUCUUGAAUAUUUCCAGGAACUCCCUCGUGGGUGCUAUUCCAGCAAGUAUUGGAGAUCUAAAGGCCUUAGAUGUUCUCGAUUUGAGUGAGAACCAGCUAAAUGGAAGCAUUCCUCUGGAAAUCGGAGGAGCCUUUUCUUUGAAGGAUCUGAGAUUGAAGAACAACUUCCUAGCAGGAAAAAUUCCUGUUUCUCUUGAGAACUGUUCUUCAUUAACGACAUUGAUCCUAUCACAUAACAAUCUGAGUGGCCCAAUACCAAUGGGGAUUUCAAAGCUUAGCAACCUAGAAAAUGUGGAUUUAUCUCUUAACAAGCUCACAGGAAGCCUGCCCAAGCAGUUGGCCAAUCUUCCACACCUCAUCUCCUUCAACAUUUCCCACAAUCAGCUCCAAGGUGAACUACCUGCUGGUGGCUUUUUCAACACCAUUUCCCCUUCCUCUGUCUCUGGCAAUCCAUCUCUUUGUGGCUCUGCUGCGAAUAAGUCUUGCCCUGCUGUACUUCCCAAGCCCAUUGUCCUUAACCCCAAUUCUUCCUCUGACACCACUGCGGGUGCAUUCCCCCGAAGUCUUGCUCACAAGAAAAUCAUCCUCAGCAUUUCUGCACUCAUUGCCAUUGGUGCUGCUGCUGUCAUUGUAAUUGGUGUGAUUGCCAUCACCGUUCUUAAUCUCCGCGUCCGAUCUUCUGCAUCUCGUUCUGCAGCAGCUCUUGCGCUAUCUGGUGGUGAUGACUACAGCCAUUCCCCUACUACAGAUGCCAACUCUGGCAAACUUGUCAUGUUUUCAGGUGACCCUGACUUCAGCAUGGGAGCACAUGCUCUGCUCAACAAGGAUUGUGAGCUCGGGCGAGGGGGGUUUGGAGCAGUCUACCGGACUGUUCUUCGAGAUGGUCAUCCAGUUGCCAUCAAGAAGCUUACUGUCUCAAGUCUGGUCAAGUCCCAAGAAGAUUUUGAAAGGGAAGUUAAGAAACUGGGAAAGAUCCGGCACCAGAAUCUUGUGGCACUUGAAGGGUAUUACUGGACUCCAUCAUUACAGCUCCUAAUAUAUGAAUUCAUCUCUGGUGGAAGUUUGUACAAGCAUCUCCAUGAAGGAGCAGGUGGCAACUUCACAUGGAAUGAGAGAUUCAAUAUAAUUCUUGGGACAGCUAAAAGCUUGGCUCACUUGCACCAAAUGAGCAUAAUCCAUUACAAUCUAAAAUCAAGUAACGUCCUCAUCGACCCCUCAGGCGAACCUAAGGUGGCAGAUUUUGGCCUAGCCAGGCUGUUGCCAAUGCUAGAUCGAUACGUUCUAAGCAGCAAGAUUCAGAGUGCACUAGGCUACAUGGCACCUGAGUUUGCAUGCAGGACAGUGAAGAUAACUGAGAAGUGCGAUGUUUAUGGGUUCGGGGUUUUGGUUCUGGAGGUGGUUACUGGGAAGAGGCCAGUCGAAUACAUGGAGGAUGAUGUGGUGGUGCUCUGUGAUAUGGUCAGAGGAGCAUUGGAAGAAGGUAAGGUGGAGGAAUGUGUUGAUGGGAGACUCCAAGGAAAAUUCCCAGCUGAGGAGGCAAUUCCUGUGAUGAAGUUAGGCUUAAUUUGCACUUCACAGGUGCCAUCAAAUCGGCCAGACAUGGCAGAAGUGGUAAAUAUAUUGGAACUGAUCAGAUGCCCUUCAGAAGGUCAAGAGGAGUUGAUUUGAGUUUUAACUAAUACAUCUAGAGUUUGAAAGAAGGGGAUUACAGGGUUAUCCGGCGAAGAGGAAUCCGGUUUAAUUAUAUAAAUCAGAAAGAGAAGUGAAAUUCGAUUGUUCCAAGUCUUUUCUUUUCCGUUUCCUUUGUUGUUUUGCCUUUUCCCUUGCUUGUCUCAAGUUUAUGUUGUAGUUUCAUCUCUAUGUUGUAAUUAGGUUUCACCGGAUUCCCUUUCACCGGGUUCCAAUUUGGGACCCUUUUGGAUAUUGUUACCGAGUUACUAAUCUUAUGUCUUCGUCCGUUGCCUACU